AUGACUACCUUGGAAGAAGAAGAAGAACUUAUCAAUGUACAAUCUCUUCAAGAUUCUCAUCCCAUUAUAAAUGUGGUAAAUCAAAGUAAAAUCGAUGGAGUAUUAAAACAAAAGCCUCUCACCGAUCAAGAGCGCGCAGAGAAACAAAAGCAACAAGAAGAAGACGUAAAAAAGAGAAAAGAAUCACGCCGUCGUGUAUAUGAGACAUGCGGCAGUUGUCCCGAACGGUUUUUUAGCAGCAAGAAAACUAUUGUAACGGAAGAUUCCGAUUCUACUGAAGUAGAAUCGUCCACCGAGGAGGAGGAAAGAUGGAAAGACAUUGCACGCACUGUUGAAAUACCCGCCGAAUAUUAUAAUAUACAGAAGUUGAUAAAAUAUAUUAAAGCGGGCAAUCAAACGGCGACCAUUGUGUCGCUUUGCUGCCUGCGUGACUACGAUUUGCGCACACAAAUCAAUCAAAUGGCCGUACAGGAUAUCGGUGGUUUGGAAGUGUUGGUCAAUAUACUCGAAUGCAAUGAUACCAAUUGUCGUUUGGGUUCACUGUAUGUGCUCUCUGAGAUCUCACUGAACAUUGAUAUACGAAAGACGAUCGUCGAUUUGGGUGGCAUAMMCUUAAUAGUGGAUAUAUUGAACUCGCUUUCGAAGGAACUUAAGACCAUGGCUGGUGAAACGCUGGCUAAUGUGUGUAAAGUGCGCUUAGCUCGAAAAUAUGUGCGCACAUGUGGUGGCAUACCGAUGUUGGUGGAUAUGCUCGAUGUCAGUUUGCGAAUACUACAAACUCCGCUCGAGGAACUUAACUCAUCUGAUUUGGAGUGCUUGUACAUGGCACGUGCCGGUGCUCGUGCUCUCUGGUCGCUUUCACUCUCCCGCCAUAAUAAGGAAUUGAUGCGCAAGAGCGGUAUCGUGCCACUGAUGGCGCGUUUGCUCAAGUCUUGUCACACAGAUGUUGUAAUACCUAUAAUGGGCACCAUACAGGAAUGUGCAUCGCAGCCCAAAUUUCAACUGGCCAUUACUACCGAGGGCAUGAUCGCUGAUAUAGUGACCCAUCUACAUUCCGAUAGCUUGGAUUUGAAGACCGAAGGUAGUACUGCCAUAUACAAAUGCGCUUUCGAUCAGACUACACGUGAUCUGGUACGAUCUGCGGGUGGCUUAGAGCCUUUGGUCGCCAUAAUCAAGGAUAAAAAUGUGCGUGAUAAUAAGAAACUGAUGAUCGGUGCUGCCGGUGCUAUUUGGAUGAGCGCCGUGUCCGAGGCGAAUGUCAAGAAACUGGACUCAUUACGUCUGAUUAACCAUCUCAUACCGUUAUUGAAUGAUGAUUCCGAUGAUGUGAUUACCAAUGUGGUUGGUGCCAUUUCCGAAUGUGUACGUUUUCAAAAUAAUCGCGAAGUUUUGCGUGGCGCCGGCGGUUUGCCGGCCUUGGUGGCAUUGUUGAACUCAUCACAUCCACCGCUGUUGGUAAACUUGGCCAAAGCAUUAAAAGAGUGUGCCGAAGAUAUAGAUAGUAUGCGGAUUUUGGAGGAUUUGGAUGCGGUGCGUUUGAUUUGGUCACUGCUGAAGAACACUGAUCCCAAAGUUCAAGCUUAUGCCGCCUAUGCCAUCUGUCCGUGUGUGCGCAAUGCACGCGAAUCGGGUGAGUUGGUGCGCAGUUUGGUGGGUGCCAUGGAAUUGGUUGUGGAUUUGCUCAAGUCCACCGACUCGCAGGUAUUGUCGGCUGUCUGCGCUGCUAUAGCAACAAUUGCAAAGGAUACUACAAAUCUAGCUAUUUUGUCCGAUCUUAAAGUGAUCUAUAAGUUGGCCGAUUUGGUAAACACUACCGAAGAUUUGUUGCGUGAAAAUCUGGCCGCCGCAAUUGCUAGUUGUGCUACAUUUGGUAAUAACACACAGGAGUUGGGUCGUCUACGCACAGUCACGCCCAUUGUCAGCUACCUGACCAGUAAUGACCCAGCCGUACAUCGUACAACAGCUAUGGCGCUGGAAAAAUUAUCCAUGGAUCCACAAAACUGUAUCAUUAUGCACCAGAGCGGCGUAGUGCCAUUCUUGCUGGAGUGUGUUGGUUCCACAAACAAAGAAACACAAUUGGCUGCUGCCGGUUGUCUACGCAACAUACGUGAGUUGGCUCUGCGUGCCGAGGAGUAUCUGUUGAAAAUCGAUGAAGAAUAUUAAAUGACUUGAGAGCUUGAGUGAGAUCGCUGUGGCUAUAACGAAUCCUCUUAUAUAUUUCUAAGUUAUUUAUUACUAUGCCAAAGGUUGAGGCAUAAAAAUAUAUCUUGUAGAAAAAGCUGCUUCUCACAGUUAGCAAUAAACUGCACUGAUUCAAUUCA